AUGCCUGUCACCAGUUUGCAAGAUUCGGACAAGGAUCCGGACAAGAAUUGGGAUAACGAUAGGAUAUCCUUCGUCUCCCAGCUCAACAAAGCAGAACCUCCUGGCUUGACAAUAAUCGUCGGAGAAUAUAGCUGGAAAGCCCAUGCCCGGAAAUUAUGUAGCUGCUCCGAGUUCUUCAAGAGAAUCAUGCUCUCUCAUGAGGGUGCCAUUAAUGUGACCCUCACUCUCCACGAGGAAACCCCCAUACUUGUCGGCAGUCUUUUGCGUUGGCUUUACACACUUCACUAUUAUGAACCAAAGGACAACGACGCCACGCAGACUGACCCUUUGGUGCCGAAUCUUCGUCACAUCAUGGCCCAGGGACGAGGUGCACCAACAUGGGACCUUAGCCCCAUGCUCGACCGACAGAUUUUGGAAGAGCCCGACUCGUUCCAUGCACAGAUGUACUGGCUUGCAGAUAGAUAUCAGAUCCACAAACUCAAAGAAGAGGCCAUUGCCAAGUUCAAAUAUCAGUUACUUCUAUUCCCGGAUGACCUUGUCCUGAACCUGAAGCACUUGCUCGGCUGUCCAAACGAGUCCAUGGCAGAAUCCGCAGCUCGGGGUCCAUCGUUGACACCCGUAACCAUAGCCACUCCUUCCAUGCCGGUUCCUUCAGGCGGUACAGUGGCUGGACCCGUCGAGAUAUGUCAAGUUUUCAACCCUUCUAACGCGCUCAACGGGAUCAACGGAGACACGGGCUUGCAUCUCAAAAGCACAGCGCAACCUGAAGAAUCAACGACCAUGAACACGGCUCUUAUCUUGAAUCCAACCCCGGAACAAGAAAGGGCGAUUAGGAGGCGCACUAUAACCCUCGAAGACGACACCGGUCUAUGGUAUUUCCUGGUGGCUAGGACUAGCGAGUUGUUAUCCCAGCAUAUCAACGACACCACCUUCAGCACGAUAAUGCAGGGCAAUCCAUCUUUCCAAUGGGCCGUCCUCCAGCAAGCCGCAAUCAGGCAUACCACAAAUCAAUUUACCAUUCAGGAACUACGCGACGAAGUUCAGGUUUUGAGCGAUAGAAUCAGAGUGCUCGAUGAAGACCGAAUAUCACUCCUUUCAUACACGUCCGAUCAACCCACAUAUUUUCCCAUCACACCACCUCCGAGAGGAAGAGAGCUACCGCCAUGUACUGGCGCUGCUUCUACUCCGAAAGCCAGGAGGAGCCUAGUAUAA